AUGGCCAGUGUCGUAAACAGCACAUUUCUAGUUAUAAUCAGUGCUGAAAUCAUACUGGGAAGUCUAGGAAAUGGCUUCAUAGUGCUGGUGAACUGCAUCAACUGGAUUCAGAAAAGAAAGGUCUCCUCACUGGAUCAAAUUCUCACUGGUCUGGCACUCUCCAGAAUUGGUUUGUUCUGGGUAGUACUAAUAAAUUCAUUCAUGCUUGAAUUUGGCCCAUCAUUAUUUGUAAUAGAAAAAGUGUUAGAAGCAGUUGUCUUUACUUGGGCAGUCACCAAUCAUUUCAGCAUCUGGUUUGCUACAAGCCUCAGCAUCUUCUAUUUUCUCAAGAUCUCCAAUUUUACUAACUCUGUUUUUCUUUACCUGAAGUGGCGGGUCAAAAAGGUAGUCAUGAUGGUACUACUGUUGACCUUGGUCUUCUUGAUUUUUAAUGUGGCACUGAUGAAGAUGUAUAUUAAUUACUGGUCCAACAGGCUUAAGAGCAACAUGACUCACAAUUCCAGGAUGAGAAACUUCGUGAAAUUUUCCAAUCUUUUUGUAUUCACCAAUGCCAUGUUCACAUGCUUACCCUUUGCUGUGUCCCUGAUAAUUUUUCUCUUGCUCAUCUUAUCCCUGUGGAAACAUCUCAAGAAGGUACAACAAAGCGCCAAAGAGUCCAGAGACACCAGCAGCAAGGCCCACAUCAAAGCCCUGCAAACCAUCAUUACCUUCCUUCUACUCUAUGCCAUUUUCUUUUUGUCACUUCUUGUGUCAGCUUGGAGCUCUGAUUGGGUAGAGAAAAUUCAGAUUACUCUGCUUUGCCAGGCUAUAGGAAAUCUCUAUCCCUUAGGUCACUCUUGUGUUUUGAUCUUGGUGAACAGCAAGCUGAAACAGACUUUUCUUUCAGUUCUGAGGGUCAGGUUCAGUGAUGGGGCACAUGCUGGCCCAUAA